UCUCCUCUCUCCACUUUCUCUCUCUAUAUUUGGUAGUGUUUAUAUAAAUCCUAGAAGCUCUUCAUUCUUCCAUUCCUCGGCCUCUCCUUUUCUUCUUUUUCCCUUGACAAUCCUCGGGAUCUGAUCUGACAACUAUAGUCAAGAGAAAAAAACAAGAAAAAAUCAUUUCAGUUCAAGUCCCGAGGAAGAUAUAUAUUAAUUGUGUCUUUCGCCAUUUAUUUUUCUUGUUUUAUAUGUCUCAGCCAAAAUUUGUAGUUUAAAUCUAUUUUCGGUGAACAAAGAUUUGGUUGAUUGUUGAAGAAAGAUCUACUGCUCUACCCAUCUCUAAGCUAUUGCCUCAUCUAAUUGCAGGUCUCGGCUCCUUAGCAGCAAGGAGAUUAUGAAUGCUUUUUCGCAUGUCCCUCCUGGUUUUCGGUUCCAUCCCACAGACGAAGAACUUGUUGAUUACUACCUUAGGAAAAAGAUUACUUGCAGAAGGAUUGAUCUAGAUGUCAUUAAAGAUAUCGAUCUCUACAAAAUUGAGCCAUGGGAUCUUCAAGAACUAUGCAGAAUAGGAACAGAAGAGCAAAAUGAAUGGUAUUUCUUUAGCCACAAGGAUAAGAAGUAUCCGACUGGAACGCGUACCAACAGAGCUACAGCUGCAGGAUUCUGGAAAGCAACUGGACGCGACAAGGCUAUUUACUCGAAGCAUGACUUGAUUGGCAUGAGGAAGACCUUAGUCUUUUAUAAAGGUCGAGCACCAAAUGGACAAAAAUCAGACUGGAUUAUGCACGAGUAUCGUCUUGAAACAGAUGAAAAUGGGAUAACUCAGGAAGAAGGUUGGGUGGUGUGUAGGGUAUUCAAGAAAAGAUUAACAAGUAUGCAGAAAAUGAGUGAACACGAGUCGCCAAUUUGGUAUGAUGAUCAAGUCUCAUUCAUGCCGGACUUGGAUUCGCCAAAACAAGCUUCUCAGUGUAAUCCAAAUUACCACUACUCUUAUUCCUGCAAGAAGGAGAUAGAUUUGCAGUAUGAAAUGCCCCAUGAACAUUUUAACCAGCUGCAAACUGCGCCAUCCGAGAGCUGCAACUCUGUGGCAGCUUAUGGUCUUGACAUAAACAAUGGAAGCAGUUUCCGGUCCUCCUCAUUCGUACAAGAAGAACAUGUCCAACAAAACAAUCACCAGAAUUUGCAUUUCAUCUAUGGGGACAAUAACAAUAUUGAGCAAACAGGACUUGACGACCAAGUGACGGAUUGGCGAGUUCUUGACAAGUUUGUUGCUUCUCAAAUGGGGGCAAAUGUGUUUCAAGCCUCUGAUCACUCGAGUAUGGUUGGCCGGCACUUGAUCAACAAGCAAGAAUUGGCACCGGAAAAUGCCACGGCAUCAGCCUUCAGUUGUCAGAUUGAUCUGUUGAAGUGAAACCUUAUUAAAAUUCAAUUACAGUAUUACACAUUGAUCAUAGGAAGUCCAGUUAUAUGUUAUUUAGAUUUUUGUACAUAAUAAAACUGAAAUUACAGUAUAACCUUUUAGGCUUCUGAAUUUUCAUCUUAGUAUAUAAGUUAAGUUGAUAUAUAUACAGUACCAAAUUAAUUAGUCAAUAACCUUGUUAUUUUACCAAGAUAGAGUUGGACUCUGGAGCUGAGGAUGGCUAUGGAGACUUUGACUCACAGCAAUACUGUUCUGUGUGUAAUGGCCAUCUUUAUGCUUAUGCACUUGGACUGCUAUGUGUUAUGUAUGUUUGUUGAUCCUAAAAGCAGUAUUAGAAAUAUAUUUCUAUCUUUUAGUAUA